AUGCCGAAACAGAAAAAAUCUGUCUCGAAACAUCCCAUCAAUUAUCGCCUGAAGGAGGAGCGUCCAGAGGAUGUCAUUGGCAAAGCCUCCUCGACAAAGUCAGAAUAUUCUUCGACAAAGCAGGGCUUGAGGCAAACAGGCUUGAAGCAAACAAAGCAAUCUGUUGAGCCGAAAAGUACAGCAAAACCAAUGCCAAAACCGAAAAAAUCCAUUUCGAAGAAUCAGGUCAAAGACCGUGAGAUAUUCGGACACAAUCACAAGCGCCCUAGGGCAGACGAUGAUGGUGAUGAUCUUGCGAUGGUGUCCAGUUUCGAUAACAUACUGAAGGAAGAAGGGCAGAGUGCAAAAAUUGCUAUGGAGGAAGACGAAAAAGAGUGGUUGCUGCUCGAACAUGAGAAGCAAGAAGCAAGGUUAAGAGCAGCUAAGAAGCUGAAGAUUAAGACCAAAUUUUCCAAAAGCUGA